CCCAUCCCAGCCUUCCAGGGAUGCACAGUGCUGUGGGGAGCUGGUCAGGGUGCAGGCAGAGCAGUCACAGUUCCCAGGAGCAGAUCCGUGCACAGGGUGCUUCUGCUCUGGCUUAGGGAAAGGGCUGCCUGCAUGGCUGUGCCCCUGGAGCUGCACCCCAGCACCCUGUACCCACCCUGUGCCCCGGCUUGCUGGCAGGACAGAGGCACUGCCUGGGAUUUCCCAGGUGGGCAGAGCUGCUUGUUUACUCCUUACCACAAAAGCAGUGAGAUAACCUCAGCUUUAUCUACACCCGUGGCAUCCUGUUUGGUGAACCCUUAUCUGUACCAGGCAGGUGUUGCUGCUGCCAGGCGUCAGGGAGCCGGCAGGCAGAAUGGGCAGGGGUACCCAGCUGGCAGUGGUGCCCUGUGAAAAGGUGCUCUGACAUCAGUGUGGUAGGGGAAAGGUGAGAGGCAGAAAGCUGUCCUAUAACUGACACAAAAGAAAUGUAUCUGGGAGGGACCAGGUGGCGUGGGCAGGAGUGGUUUGCCCAAAACUACCUCUGCACCCCACAACCUGAGCUGUCCCCCAGUCCCUGUGGGUGGAGGUGCAGGGUGCCAUGGCCCCUGGGCUAUAUUGGAAGCAUUGCCAUCCUUCUGGUCCCAGCUAAUCCUUGCAACCUUCUCUCCCCCUCCAAGCCAGGGCAGUACUUGGAUAAUACGUCUUCCUGUGGCCAAACACUUCCAAAGUGUGAAAUAGAUUUUAUCAGGCACUUCCAGCAUGGUUGGAGGACAGUCUGGCUGCUGCGGAUGCAGGCCAGGCGUUGUGCUGGGAGACAUGCCCAAAGGCACCCUGCAGCCUGGGGACACCCUUUGGGUCAAAAACCCGCUGGGGACCUGCAUUGGGGGGGACCUGUCCCCUGCCCAUGGGCAGGAGGUGCUUUCAAAGCCACCACUCACCAGGGCAUUGCAGGACCUGAGGAGAGCUGCCCUGGUCCCCAGGGUGGAGUGGGGGGUGACAGGAGUGGGGCUACACCCCAGCGAGGUGUGGGUCCCCACAGGCACCACGCCACGUUCCCACAGGCUCCGGUGAGCCCUCCCCAGCAGGGGGGGCAAGAGGAAUGGGGAGCAAUGGGGGCUCCCCAGGAAGGUGCUCACUGUAUCACUGGUGGCAGCUGAGCUGGGCGGGCUGUGUCAGGGUGACUUGGUUCCUCUGCGGUUUGCUGGGACAUUGCACAAGGAGGGAAACAGGCUGGGGCGGGAGCCUCUGCUGAAAACAACAUAUUUGCCUCUGUGCAGGGGGGUUGCAGCAUGCUGGUGAGAGGGGCAGCCCUUGCACCCUCUGUCCCCAGGCUCUCACUCUGUUGGGUCCCAGGCACUCCCUGAGGACACCAUGCAUGGCACAGCCUGGUCUUGGCCCUGGGGCUCUGCAGAGGCUAAGCCUUGGGGCAUCUGCCCACCUCUGCCAGCACCCACCUCCCCAUGCAGCGUGUACAGCCCCUGUCACUGUGGGUCCCAUCCACACCUGGCAUUUCCAGUGCCACUGGCAUCACACCCAGCCCUCUGCACAACAGCUUGUCCAUGGCAGAGCCAAGCACGCCAAGAGGGAGCAGAGCAUCAGCCUGGGCAGGCAGCUAUGGCUGUAGGGGCUGAACUGCUUCCCCUGCAGUGAGCCCUGUGGUCACAGCCUGUGUGUGAGUUGCCCAGCACCCCCAGCUGCACAACACCUUUGGCAAUCAUUUGGAGAUGGCAUGUGUGCCAUCUUCCCCACAGACACAGCCCGCAACCAGUCUCUCAUGGGCAAGAGCAUCACCUCCAUCUGUGGCUCAGGACCAGGACACAGCAAAGGAGACACAUUUCCAUUCCAGAUCCCUGCAAGGCCCAGGAGGAAAGUGAGGAGGUGACAUGGGAGAGUGCCUCUGUGCCUGCUCACUCGAGCCCCUGCUGCACGAAGCCCUGGCUUGCAGCUUGUGCUAUGCCCUUGAAGGGGGCAGGGAGACAGGAUGCGCCAUCCUGCUGCCUGGGAAAUCCCGGCCCUGCUCAGCCCGUAAGGCAGGGAUGGGCCUUUCCUUGGUAAGCAGGGCAGCAGGAACCCAGUGGGGAGCGUGUGCCCUGCAGCAUCCUGAAUCCUUCCUGGGGAAGGCCUUGGAAACCACCUGAGAUGUGAAAAGGCUCCUGGUGAUCAACCAGCUCCCAGCAGAGCUGAUUUGGGUCUUCUCUCCUACCACAUGUACCUUUUUCUACUUCCUACAAAGCAAACUUUGGUACUGGUCCUUUGAUGCAGGACAACCCCUGUGAGCCCAGGUACCCACAGGCACAGAGUACCUGACCCCACAAACAGCUUUGAACUUGGCCACAUUCCACUAUUCAGUGGUAGCCUCUGAGUCUCAACCACCUUGGUUCUGUUUUGAAAACAAUAUCAGAAACUACUUGUAAUUUGAAAAAAUAAAGGCGGGAAUAUUUUUUUUCUACUGGUCUGCCCUACCGUAUCGGGCCUCAGCAGAAGUGAAACUGGCAAGGGCACAGCCUGUUCCCCGCCUGGGACAGUGCCACCUGUGAGUACCCCUCUGACUCCCAGUGGGUCUCUCAAUGCACGGGAGAGGCAGCCCCCACCCUGCCCAGGUGACCCUCAGCAUUUGGAGAUGCUUUCCUGCCUCAUCAGCUGCCCCUCAGCCUCCUUGCCUGCCGGGCUGCUUCUUCCCAUGCCAUAACUGCAUGCCCUCUACACAUGGGCUGCUAGAGAGAAAACAACCCUGAAUUACUGGACAUACAGGCUCAUCCUCAGCAAUUACAUAAAAAUAGACAAUUGCAGUAAAACAUUUUGGGAGGAAGAUAUUCAGAAACAGGAACUGAGUUGCAUUUAUAUUGGCCAAGUAUAAAGUCAUUGUGGUGGGUUACGGCUUUUGUGGGAUGAGUUCCUCCUUUUGUCUAGCAUGAGUCCCACUGGAGCAGCAUCUAUUUCUCUGGAACUGGAAAAUGGAUGUGACCUGCAUGGCUCUUGCUUUGGCUGGAAAUGAGCAGAGUAAUUCCUGCAGAAAACCCUGCCAAGGCAAUCUUACUUAAAAGCAGAAUGGGGUAAGGAGGUAAGGAAAGAUUUAUGAUGAGUCAAGAAUGAUCCAAGGGGAGGUGGACACAAUCAGACGUGUUCCUGAAGCAUCGGUGGAAGUUCAUAAGGGAUAUUAACAACUCACAGGAAGUUCCUCUGGCAUGUUGUUGGACCAUUCUCAUAAAAACUUAAAGGCAAAGACAGGAAAUACAUUGUGUAAGUACCUGUUUAUAAACGGUAUAUGAAAAUUCACAACCAGAGCAAAACGCCUGCCAGUGAGGAGAGGGGAAGGUGUGAACUCCUGCUCAUCACACCUCAUCCCUCCUCCGUCCCCUGGCCACCAGUGUGGGCACUGCGACAUGGAUGUGGGCACUGCUGUGGGACUGCGAUCUGCUGGGAGAACGCAGGCUCUGGGCUCCCGUGACAUCUGCUACCUGGCCAUCACUGCCAUUGCAUGGGGUGCAGUCAUGUGGGUGGAGGUGGGUGCCUGGACAUAUCACUACAGUGACCAAGGCGACUACACAUGGGAGCAGGCCAGGAACUACUGCCAGACCUUCUUCACUGACCUGGUGGCAAUCCAGAACAAGCAGGAGAUUGAGUACCUCAACGCGAGCCUGCCCUUCCACAGGCGCUACUACUGGAUCGGCAUCCGCAAGCUGGGUGGCACCUGGACCUGGGUUGGCACCAAGAAGGUGCUGACAAAGGAGGCGGAGAACUGGGCAGCGGGGGAGCCCAACAACCGCCGCUCCAACCAGGACUGUGUGGAGAUCUACAUCAAGCGGCAGCAGGAGUCGGGCAAGUGGAAUGACGAGAACUGCAAGCAGAAGAAGAAGGCGCUGUGCUACCAGGCUUCCUGCCAGCCCUUUUCGUGCAGCCAGCGCGGCGAGUGCGUGGAGACCAUCGGGAGCUACCGCUGCCAGUGUUACCCUGGAUUCCAUGGCCCCGAAUGCGAGGAUGUUGUGCAGUGUGCUGAGCUGGAACCAGAGGGAGCACACAUGAACUGCAGCCAUCCCUACAGAGACUUCAGUUACAACUCCACCUGUGUGUUCGGGUGCCAGGAGGGGUUUGAGCAGCAAGGGGCGAGCACACUGCGGUGCCUGGCUUCCCAGCAGUGGUCUGCAGAGACCCCCACUUGCACAGCCAUCUCCUGCCCAGCGCUCAGUGCACCAGAUCGGGGACGGCUGAACUGCUCCCACCUCCAUGGGGACUUUGCCUUUGGCUCCACAUGUGUCUUCUCCUGCCAGACAGGGUUUGUGCUGACAGGUCUGGAAAGCCGUGAGUGCACGGCCACAGGGACCUGGACUGGGGAUGCCCCACACUGUGAAGUCAUCACCUGCCCCAUGCUCAGCGCGCCAGACUGGGGACUGCUGAACUGUUCCCACCUCAACGGGAACUUCACCUUUGGCUCCACGUGUGCCUUCUCCUGCCAGACAGGGUUUGCACUGAUGGGGUCAGAGAGCCGUGAGUGCACAGCCAUGGGGACCUGGACUGGGGAUACUCCACGCUGUGAAGCCAUUGCCUGCCCGGUGCUCAGCGCUCCAGGCUGGGGACAGCUGAACUGCUCCCACCUCCAUGGGGACUUUGCCUUUGGCUCCACAUGUGUCUUCUCCUGCCAGACAGGGUUUGUGCUGACAGGUCUGGAAAGUCGUGAGUGCACGGCCACAGGGACCUGGACUGGGGAUGCCCCACGCUGUGAAGCCAUCACCUGCCCAGUGCUCAGUGCUCCAGUCCGAGGACAGCUGAACUGCUCCCACCUCCAUGGGGACUUCACCUUUGGCUCCACGUGUGCCUUCUCCUGCCAGAUGGGGUUUGCACUGAUGGGGCCAGAGAGCCGUGAGUGCACAGCCAUGGGGAGUUGGACUGGGGACACCCCACGCUGUGAAGCUAUCACUUGCCCGGUGCUCAGUGCUCCAGACCGAGGAAACAUGAACUGCUCCAAUCUGAAUGGGAACUUUGCCUUUGGCUCCACGUGUGUCUUCUCCUGCGAGACAGGGUUUGCGCUGACAGGACUGGAGAGCCAAGAGUGCACAGCCAUGGGGACUUGGACUGGGGACACUCCACGAUGCAAAGCCAUCGCCUGCCCGGUGCUCAGCGCUCCAGACUGGGGACAGCUGAACUGCUCCCACCUCCAUGGGGACUUUGCCUUUGGCUCUGUGUGUGCCUUCUCCUGCCAAACAGGGUUUGCACUGACAGGGCCAGACAGCCGCAAGUGCACGGCCAUGGGGACCUGGACUGGGGACACUCCGCGCUGUGAAGCCAUCACCUGUCCAGAGCUCAGUGCUCCAGACUGGGGACAGCUGAAUUGCUCUCACCCCCACGGGGACUUUGCCUUUGGCUCUGUGUGUGCCUUCUCCUGCCAGACGGGGUUUGUGCUGAUGGGGCCGGAGAGCCGCGAGUGCAUGGCCGCGGGCACCUGGACUGGGGAUGCCCCACGCUGUGAAGCCAUCAAAUGCUCAGCCCUAGCCAGUCCCAAGAUGGGCCAGGCUGCCUGCUCCCACCUCCACGGGAACUUCUCCUUUGGCUCCAUGUGUGCCUUCUCCUGCCAGACCGGAUUUGUGCUGAUGGGGCCAGAGAAACGCGAGUGCAUGGCCAUGGGGACCUGGACAGGGGACACCCCACAAUGCAUAGCCAUCAGCUGCCCGACGCUGGAGCCCCCUAGCAGAGGCCAGCUGAGCUGCUCUCACGUGCACGGGAACUUCACGUACAACUCCACGUGCACCUUUUCCUGCGAGGAGGGGUUUGUUCGGAUGGGAGCAGAGGUGCUCAGGUGCGCAGCCACAGGGAACUGGACCAGGCAUCCCCCUGUCUGUGCAGAGGAUGGCGCCCCCUUCUUAAAGCAAGUCCUGGCUUACAGCAGCGGCACGGCUCUGGCAGUAGCCGGCAUCGUGCUCUCAGGAACGCUCAUUGCCCUCCUUGCCAAGCGGCUCAGCAACAGAGAGGAGAAGAAGAAGCUCCUGAACCCCACCAGUGACCUGGGAUCACCGGGCAUCUUCACCAAUGCAGCAUAUGACGCCAACCUGUGAGGUGCUGAGCUGCUUGCGGCACCGUGUGGCCUUACAGCGUGCUGGAAGCCAUCUCCCCACUUCUGGGAGUCUUACAUCGACAGUCCCCGGGCAGCUGCGCUCCGGGCUGGGGUGCUGCCAGGUGGGGACACCCCGGGCAGGAGAAGGGGAGACCCGCUGCUUUUUACUGAAGGGGUGACACGAGCUCCGCCUCCCCCGUGCUCCCAGCGUCGCCCUGACCGAACCCCAGCCUGUCCCCAGCGUUGCAGCCCCAGCAGGGGCCGCCGCCGGGACCUAUGGAGGCCUCACGCCCCCGGCUGCAGCCCCGACCCACGCGGGGAGUGGAGCUGCCCGCCUGCACCACCCACGCGUCAAGGAUACCGAAGACGGACCACCUGCUGCCAGCCCCUUCCUCGCACGGAGCUGCCCUUCUCCCCAUGGACAUCUCCUCGCGGCUCCUCCCACUCGCGCUUCCGGCCACGGGCUUGUGUCAGCAGGGCCUUAAUAAACGUCUGUGUCUAA